CUUGUUCGCUCCUCAUAUCCCUAGAAGAGCUAGAGAAAGCUAAUCAGCCACGGCGAUGAAGCAGUUACUGACCUUGGCGCGACGGUCACAGAUACGUUUAUGUCUCAAUCAAGCGAUACGAUUAGCCUCAUCAGCCGUCGCUUACGUAUCUCCGUUCACAACUCCGGCAACUCUUUCCCCUCCGCCGCCGCAUAUUCUGCCUUACGACAACGCGGCGGAGACUGUGAAUUCAAAACUGAAGAAGCUUGAGAAUCCGGAUUCUAGAUUCCUAAAAUACGCAUCUCCACACCCUAAACUUGCCUCGCACGAUCAUAUAUUGUCUGCUCCGGAGACUCGCGUUACCACUUUACCCAAUGGACUUCGUGUCGCCACUGAGUCUAACCUCUCAGCUAAAACUGCAACCGUCGGUGUCUGGAUUGACGCCGGAUCGCGUUUUGAGUCGGAUUCGACAAACGGUACGGCUCAUUUUCUGGAGCAUAUGCUAUUCAAAGGCACGGAGAGGCGCAGCAGGAGAGAAUUGGAGGAAGAAAUCGAGAACAUUGGAGGUCAAUUAAACGCAUAUACAUCGAGGGAACAUAUCACAUUGUACGCUAAGGUGUUGGAUACGAAUGUGAACCAGGCGUUGGAUAUAUUAGCUGAUGUAUUUCAGAAUUCUGAGUUUAGAGAGGCAAGAAUCAACGAAGAACGAAACGUGAUUUUGAGGGAAAUGCAGGAGGUUGAGGGAGAAAUACAGGAAGUUGUGCUUGACCAUUUGCAUGCAACUGCUUUCCAACACACACCUCUGGGAAGAACUAUCUUGGGACCUGCGGAGAAUAUCAAAUCGAUCACCAGGGUUGAUCUUCAGAACUUUAUAAAGAACCACUUUACAGCUCCCAGAACGGUUAUUGCUGCUGCAGGAGCUGUCAAACACGAGGAGUUUGUUGAGCAAGUGAAGGAAUCAUUUACGAACUUGUCCUCUGAUUCAACAUCCACUUCUCAGUUGGUCGUCGAGGAACCUGCCAAUUUUACAGGCGCUGAGGUUCGUAUUAUUAAUGAUGACCUACCUCUGGCACAAUUCGCCGUUGCGUUUGAGGGAGCAUCUUCGACAGAUCCGGAUUCUGUUGCUCUUAUGGUUAUGCAAACUAUGCUGGGAUCAUGGAAUAAAAGUGUUGGUGGGGGCAAACACAUGGGCUCUGAGCUGGCCCAGAAGGUUGCCAUUAGUGAACUAGCUGAAAGCAUAAUGACAUUCAACACCAACUAUAAGGAUACUGGUCUUUUUGGCAUUUAUGCCGUUGCUAAGCCCGAUUGCUUGGAUGAUCUAGCACAUGCCAUUACGUAUGCGGUAACCAAGCUAGCUUACCAGGUCUCAGAAGAUGAUGUGACACGGGCACGGAAUCAGCUGAAGUCUUCUUUAUUGCUUAACAUGAAUGGAACUACCCCAGUUGCUGAAGAUAUAGGUCGUCAGCUGCUGACAUAUGGUCGUAGAAUCCCAACUGCUGAGUUAUUUGCAAGGAUCGAUGCUGUUGAUGCCAGCACAGUGAAAUAUGUUGCCAACAAAUACAUCUAUGACAAGGACAUGGCUAUCUCAGCCAUUGGUCCAAUCCAAGAAUUACCAGACUACAACUGGUUCAGACGCAGAACUUACUGGAACCGCUACUGAGCUGCCUCGCUUACCUGCCCCUGAUUAUUUUUCACACACCUUCUUCUCCUCUUCACACUCUUAGUUAUUAUCUCUGAAACAUUCAUUCAAACAAGUAUCACAGAAUGCUCCUGCGUAAGCAUCCCAUGGGGAAAUUCCAUGGGCAUAGCAGAAGCAGGUGAUGAUAGAUUACAUCAUGAUUUCUCCAAUCGGCUGGUAAAUUAGGUGUAGUUUUUUUUUUUUUUUUAUAGUAUAACUUCUAAGAUAAGUGUAGUUUAGUCUUAAUUAACAUUUUUUGGCUACUUAUAGUUAUAAAGAUAAUAUAUUUUUUUGACCAGAAGCCACAGACAACUUUAGCUGAGUAAAAAAACUCAUUGUCUUGUCUUCAAUUAAACCCUACCUAUCUGCAUUUACUGAAGUGACCAAGUAUAAAAUAUGUUAAAGUUUAACUGGAUAUUAUUGUUGAGUUAUAAAUCUUGCAGACAUUGUGACCAAAGAUUGGAUCAAAAGACUGUUGGAUUCAUGAAAUGAAUGCAGAAUAGAUGGAAGCAACCGCUCAAAGACUGUUCCGGAGGUUCAAAGAUUGUUCCGGAGAUUAGACCAGUAACACAUCAAUGAGGGUUUGGUGAAGUUAGUUAAUAAAAGAGUUGGGUUUCUUCGUAAGCAUCGAAAUCAGAUUCCUUUACCAAAAAAAAA